UUUUAGAAAACUUAUUAUCCAUGAGUAACUUGAGGUUGGAGUAACUUCUUUUGACCCUGGGUUCGGAAAACAGAAAUGAUAAUGUUUGUAAGGUAGAAAGGAGAAUGGGAAUAGCAAAACAACUGAAAUGGAUAAGGGAGCCCAGAAAGCAUGAGCUUCAUUGGCCGUCUUCUUCUCCCAAUCCUUCCUUCUUCACCCACAAUCUCUACUCUGCAACUACCGACUCCGAUUCUGAAAUCCCACAAUCAAAACCCUACGCCCAUCCUACUCUCUUUGGUUCUCGCUGCAUCCUUCACUUCUCCACUACCUGCUUCCGCUAUCCCUUCCCUCAAUUCUCAGUCCCCUCCUCCCAUCUCUCUCACCACUCCCUUUUCUCAAUCUAAGAACUUGCAGCUUGGACUAGAAAAUGGAAAAAUUUUACCUUGCCCUUCGGUCAAUCCGGGCUGUAUAUCCACAAACCCCAGGUCAUCAUCGUUUGCAUUUCCUUGGGUGAUUCCCGAAAAUUCGUCGGAUGAUGUAAUUCAGAAAUUGAGCGAAGCAAUCCAAAAGACCCAGAAAAAUGUGAAAUUACAGCCUGUGGAAGACACUCCGUACGGGAGAUAUUUACAAGCUGAGGUUGAUGGGGGAUUUGGCAGAGACGUGCUUGAGUUUCUAGUGAAAGGAGAUGUGGUUACUUACAGGUGUAUGGCUACAAAAGUAACUUACGUGUAUCCUUUCACUACGGCUUUUGGAGAUUCCAAGGGUCAAGAAGCAAGACUCGAGCAAAUUAGGGAUCAGUUAGGCUGGUAUGCUCCUGGUUUUGAUUCCGAGGAAUAAUGGCGCUUCUUGUUGCUGGAUUAGCUCUCUGAUAAUGACUUGACGUGUUGCCAAAUGGCUCUGUUUCUACAUUUUGUAUUGGAAUGAGUCCUCUACCUUUAUUCAAUCCCACAGUCAUUAACCUGCCUUUUUUUCUUCUCGUUCA